GUUGGAAUUGCUACAAGUAGCAAGAGGGAAAAAUGGCGGAUCUCAGGAAAAUCUAUCCUGAGUCUUUGCCUUGUCGUGUCAACUACACACGAAAAACACCAUUUCAGGGGAGGCUUUUAAUUUUUCUUUGUAUACUUAUAGUGGACUCCGGAGGAGCUACGACACACUGGGUUGUCACAGAAGAUGGGAAAAUUCAACAGCAAGUGGACUCUCCUUUGAAUCUGAAACACCCUCAUGAUGUUGUGAUCUUCAUGAGGCAGGAAACUCGUGUAAACUACCUCAAGAAGUUAGAGAAGCAGUUAGUAGCACAGAAGAUUCACAUUGAAGAAAACGAGGAUCGAGACACAGGUUUGGAGCAGCGACACUAUAAAGAGGAUCCAGACUGUGUAAUGGCUAAGGUGCCCCUGGGGGAUCUGGAUCUGUAUGACGGCACAUACAUUGCCUUGGAAAGCAAAGAUAUCAACCCUGAAGACUAUGUCGAUUCUCGGGCUGCUUUGCCCCCAGAUCUAGAAAAACCAGACUGUGCAAAAGUGUUUGAACUUCCUUAUAGUAUCCAUGCUUUCCAACAUCUCAGGGGUGUACAGGAGAGGGCAAACUUGACCUCUCCACUUCUCUCCAAGGAGGAUCCCAUUUUUAGUUCAUUGUCUCAAAAGCUGGGUCGGAGUGUUGACGAGGUGGGCCAUCGCAUCCAUCUAGGCCUACUGAGGAAUUCAUCUUCCUGGGUGCUGUACAACAUGGCGUCAUUUUACUGGCGUAUGAAAAACGAGCCUCAAAAGGCAGUGGAGUGCGUAGUGCGUGCUCUGCAUUUCUCCCCAAGGCAGCAUAAGGAUAUAGCUCUGGUCAACAUGGCCAACGUCCUGCACCGCGCCCAUUUCUCAGCAGAUGCUGCUAUUCUCGCCCACGCUGCUCUUGACCUUACCUCAGAUCUCUUCACAAGUCACUACACCUUGGGCAACAUUUAUGCUAUGCUUGGGGAAUACAACCACUCAGUGUUGUGUUACGAGCAGGCACUGCAGGCCCAGCCAGGGUUUGAGCAGGCCCUGAGGAGGAAACAUGCUGUGCUCUGUCAGCAAAAGCUGGAGCAGCGCCUAGAAGCCCAGCACAGAUCCUUACAGCGGACGCUGAAUGAGCUGAAGGAAUACCAGAAGCAACAUGACCACUACCUUCGGCAACAGGAGGCACUGGACAAACACAAACUGCUGCAGGAAGAGCAGAUCCUACGCAACAUUAUUCAUGAAACUCAGAUGGCCAAAGAAGCUCAACUUGGGAACCAUCAGAUGUGCAGUCUGGGUCAGCAGCAGCGCAACCUUUACUGCCCCUUCGACCUUCCUGUGCGCUACCAUCGGGGUGACCUUUUUGAACAUGUCCAGUAUGUCCAAUUUGGCGAGGAGGCAUCUGUAGCAUCCAGCGUGGCACUUGUGUCCGAUCGCAACUCCAGCCAAGCAGCAGCCAGCCCCCAGAUCCAUCCAUCUGUGUCUGGGGAUCAAGACCCUGCUGCUGCCCUCUGGGGCAGCCAUCAGGAUUAUACACAGGACAUACAGAGGAUGUUAUGGCCUCAAAGGACUGACUGUGCCCAUGAAUACCCAAGCAUUCCCCCUGCUCACCUGCUGCCAACCUAUUACCUUCCUCCUGAAACACAGGGCCUCAGCCCAGUGGCAGCUUUCCUCUAUGGAAGCAGCAGUGCUUCUCAGACUGUAGAUGUGCCAGAUUGUAGCCCCAUCACGCAACCAUAUCCAGCCCUCCUGCCUGCCUCAUUAGACUGGCCCCUGGAAGAAAAGAAACUGCCAGAUCCCUUCGCCUCUGAGAUACUACAGUUGCGUAGUGGAGGAUGGACGCUGGAGCAAAUUGGCAACAGAAUAGCUCAAGCUAUGAAACGAGCAACUAUACCCCACUGGCAGGUCCACAAUGAGGCAGCGCUAUUUUGGCGGGCCAAAGGCAAUGGCAGCCGUGCCCUGCAGUGCCUUCGCCAAGUACUGAGCUCAGCUCCGCCUUCCCACCGCCUCUUGCCCCUCACCAAUGCUGCUAACCUGCUAUUGCACCAUGGCUUGACCACCCAUGCACAAACACUGCUGGAGCAUGCAUUGGAACUCAAUUCUUCAGAGCCCCACACCCUGCUCAGCCUGGUGAGCGUGCAUUUGGCCCAGAGCAAUGUGACAGGUGCUCUGGCUUUGUUCCGCCACAUCCUGGAGACAGCCCUUCCCUCCUCCUCUUCCUUCUCAUCCUUUGCUGGCUGUGAACAGUGUCGCAGCAGCUUACCUUUGCUGCGUUGUCUUCAGUUCUACCCCUUCCUUUACAAUCUUUCACAACAGCCCUGCUCACAGGGUGGUGGCUGCAUGGCUGAAGAAGACCUUAGCAUACAGCUGGAAGAAUGGGAAGGAAGUGAGGAGAAGCAGGAUGCUUCUUCCAUUUCUGCAAUAGAAGACACACUGCUGUUUGAGAAGGUCAUCUUGGACAGUAAUGGCUCAGGCGAAGCAGCGGGACAGCAGCAGGCAACUCCCUCUACCUCAGGAGCUGCUUCUUUUGGAGAAGGAGGAGUGGAAAAAGAAGAGGAGUGGCAGCUGAAAGAGGACCUCAUGGGAGCGUUUGAGGGGGCACUGGAUGUAGGAGGGAAACGAGGGGACCUGCGAGGUAUCCGGGUGUUAAAGAAUGACCGUGUGAUGGGUGCCCGUGCAGGAAGCGGGCCAUGUUUUGGAAACUGUGAGGAUGAUGAGGGAGCAGAGUGGAUCACUUUCCAGGUAAAACGUGUCAGAAAAACUAAAGUGGAUGGGUCAGAAAAUAUUGCCAUUUCUGAUGACAGCCAGAAUGGAGAAUCCCUGCCUGGAGGGCACUCUGUCUUAGAAAUCAGUGGUCCAACCAUCCCAUCUCCGGGUCCUUCAGGUCGCUGGAGAGACUACACAAGUCUUGGCUGGCCUGGACCCGAAGAGUGCCAGCGGACACGGAGGGUUGACCUCACCACUGUAGCUAGCACUUGGUUGGCUGUUUCUGCCAAGAAUAUCGACAUCACAGAGCACAUAGACUUUGCCACUCCACUCCAGGAGCCAGCAGCUGAACCUUCAUGCAAUGCCAACCUAGCUGCCAGUAUGCACACCCUCGACCACCUGGCAGGGGUAGCCAAUCGCGCCGCCAUCCACUACACUGGGGAAAGCCAACUGCGUGAGGUCCUGCAGAACCUUGGAAAAGAUAAGUUUCUCCCCCAGUCCUUUGAGCAGGUUGGCACUCGCAUUGCUAAAGUACUGGAGAAGAAUCAGACAUCUUGGGUGCUAUCCAGCAUGGCUGCUUUGUACUGGAGAGUCAAAGGCCAAGGCAAGAGAGCCAUCGACUGUCUGCGGCAGGCCCUCAACUAUGCUCCCCAUCAUAUGAAGGAUGUACCACUCAUCAGCCUCGCAAACAUCUUUCAGAAUGCCAGGUUAUGGGAGGACGCCCUAACAGUCGCCCGUAUGGCAGUAGAGAUCGCCCCACACUUUGUUGUGAACCACUUUACCCUCGCCAACGUCUAUAUUGCAAUGGAGGAGUUUGAGAAAGCCAUGCGCUGGUACGAGUCAACCUUAAAGCUGCAGCCGGAGUUUGCCCCCGCCAAAGAUCGACUGAGAACCAUUCAGUGUUACCUGCUCACCAAGAGGGAGCGUCGUCAGCCCUAAACCACUCAAUCAGACCGACCCCAGCAGUACUCAAACACUCACAUGGACACUUUCAUGAGCAACUUGCACAAAGUUAAAGUGGGAGGAAAUUAAAAUUUUCCAAAAUGCAAGGUAGUAGAGGUUUUCUGUGGAAUUAGGGUCUGUUUUUCCUAAAGCCAAACACACCAUCAAGAAUUAGGUUCACAGAGUGCAGCUGUAGUUUAUAUUUCUCCACAUCUGCAUUACCCUUCGCUAUCUGGCAGCGAAGAUGUGAUUUUUUUUUUUUAUUUUAUGUUAAAUUUUUUUCUUGCUAGGAUUGCUUGACUUGCACAAAGUCAGAGGGCUAAAAGUGAGUAAGUUUUAAGUUUCAGCUAAUUCUGAUAGAAAUGUUAUUUUAAUCUGUGCUAAUUGGAGGGGGAAAGCUUUUUACACUAUCAGUCAUAAAGAUUUUCAUCAUAUGGAAGUGGCAUCAAGAAUGCAUUCAUAUUGUCCCGAUGUUUUUAAGAAUAAUAGCACACUUCCACCUGAAGAUGGUGCCAUUUUUUAAUGUAACUUAUUUUAAAAAUUAACUGAAAAGGGUUUAAUACAGUUUGCUUAAUUUUUUUUUUUUUUUUUUGCUGAUAUGGCAAGGAUUAUGCUUCUCAACUCAGAAGUUAAACGAGUUUGAAACAUUUGCCCUCAAUGUGCUUCUUAAAAUGGGCAGGAAUUUUGUUUUUGCACUUUUUAUCUCUAUCAUUCCUAUUUAUAUGGGACCUACAGAGGGAUUUGCGACAAAAUAACGUAAAUUGAAAUUGUGAAAAUGAAAUAUGCUAUUGCAUUUGCUUCUAAACUUAUGGAAAAUCAUCAAAAAGGAUUUAUCAUUGACCAUCUAUAAAAAAAAUAAUCUGUAUUAAAUGUACAGUAUUAAAGGCAGUGUUUGGAUUUAA